CCAACACGUCUAUUUCUUUGCAUUUAAUACUCUUCACUCUGAGCCUCAACCUCCGAUGAUGGGCGUGUCGUGUCGUCUGCAUUCUCUUAGCUCCGGAAUCUUCGUCUUUACAAGAGGCGGUAGGUAAAAAGGGAACUUUCUCUACAACACUAGAGGAAACUCAUUCUUGAUUACAUUUAAUUAUAAGGAAAUGGAGAUGAGCUUCUUCUGCCAUUUACCAAAAGAGGUUGCGGAGGAAAUUAUGUUGUGGGUGCCUGCCGAUUCUCUGGUACGGCUCAAGCUCCUCAACAAGUCUUGGCACUCCUUCAUCUCUGGCCUCAUCAACGACCUUGAAUUUGUUGACAGACACCUCUACAUAACCAAGAACAUGCCAACUUCCACUUCUUUAGUUUUCAAUAACCCUUGUUCACAUGUUGACCACAACGGAAGAGACUGCUAUGCAAAGAUGUUCUCACUUCUCACCAUAUCCAGUGGCGAUGGCUAUGGUAGUAACAACAAAGAUCAUAUUGUCUCUGUCUCUGAAGAUCUCAAUGUUCCCUGUCUUCGGAAUGAAAGCUGUAGGUGGGAUCAGUGGGCUUGGGCAUAUCAUUGUGAUGGGAUCAUUUGCUUAGUCAAACUUUAUGGGACUAUAAUGUUGUGCAACCCUGCGUUGCAAGAAUCCAGGAUUCUCCCUCAAUCAAAUAAGGCUAUAGUUGGUGUUGCUCCUUUUGGAAUGGGAUUUGGGUAUGAUGCUAUAGCUGAUGAUUAUAAAUUUGUAGCCAUUUGGUCUUUUCCUAGUCGCACUGCUAAAGCUGAGGUAUACACUCUGAGAACCGAUUGUUGGAGAGAAAUCAACAUGCCUCAAGAGUUAUGUAAAUACUAUACACAAGGGUAUCCGUAUCUAGAUGGAUUAUCUUGGCGUGGAAAUUGUUAUUGGUUGCUGAGGAAUUUAGUGAAUGGGGAUGCAAUCCUUUGUUUUAAUAUGUGUGAUGAAGAGUUUCAUAUCACACCGUUGCCAAAUCUUGAAAAUAGUGCUGCUGCAGCUUCUUCAUAUUGGUUGGAGCUUUUUGUGUGGAAUGACUCAGUUGCUUUAUUAGUAUCCUCUGAAGGAAAUGUGUCGUUUGAGUAUCAAUUCUUUGUGAUGAAUAAUGGUGUAAAUGGUGCUUGUUCUUGGACCAAACAAUUGGUUAUUGGACCAGUAAUACCUGGCGUUAUAGUGAAGUUAUCUUCAUGGAAAAAGGAUGAGUUUUUCAUACACCUUGUGGAAGAUAUAGAUGAAUCAAAAGAUGGGCAGUUGAUCUCUUACAACUUUCAUACUAAAAAGAUCAGAGAUAUUGCUGUUCGUGAUGUAGAUCGAUUAUGGCAUUGGGCUUGUUUCUAUGUAAAGAGUCUUAUUUCUGUCAAAAGGAGGUAAAAAGGUUGAUCAACUUGGAGAUUUCAAGCAUAAGCUUAGAAACUCCAAAGCUUGGGACUGGUACAUGAAAUGAGUACCAUGCAUUAUUUAUGUAUAUAUGAUAAGCAUGUUCAUCAUUUAUUGCUGAUUUUUAAUUAAUGUAAUAAUGUAUUUUCUGAACAGCUUUUUUUUCAUAUAUUUUUUUAAUUUUUUAA